CCACUAAUGUGAGGUGGGGGUCAGGAGCUCACAGGUUUCACAUCUCAUCCCCAGAUCCAUAACUGUAUCACAGAGUAACGGACCCGAGACUGCAGAGCUACACAGAGUCUGCUCCUAUCCAGCCAUAAACACGGUGUCAUCAUGUCCCAGAAGAAAGUGUCCUCUAAGAACGCACCAUAUAAGAAGAAGUCUAUGAAGCCGCAGGCUGCAGCCAGCAGCUAUUACACCGACUCUCUGGGGUUCAUGGCCAUGGACUGCAAUGUGCCUGGCCUGUCCAGCGUGAUCCUUCAGAAGCUGAACAUGAAGAGCUACGAGGAGUACAGGUCUGCUCUUGGUGGUAACAAUCUUGCCUCUAAUUUUGGUAUCCGGACAUAUUCUGAGAUGUUUCAGAGGAUGGAAGACACCUAUAAAUUCUGUGCUCAGUGCCAGAAGCUACCAUCCGGCCUUGCAGACCCCCGCAGCAUGAGGCGCUGUAAGAGGUGCCAGAAUGUGUAUUACUGCAGCUCGGAGUGUCACAGAGAGAACUGGCCAUUACACAAGAAGUUCUGCAGGAAACUGAAGCUCGCGGCCAUAGACCGACUGCUGGAGUGGCUGAUAUUUACAGGGGACAUUCCUUUCACAACAUCUCCUUGGAGUAAGACCAUCACAGAUGUGAAGACCUGGGAAGACUGGUUCUCCAUGCAGGAGAAUUUGGAGGAGAAACUGGAUAAUAUCAUGGCCGGGCGUUACAUGGGAAUUCUAUGGGCCAAUGCUGGAAAACCGAAGCCAGAAAACAGUGAACUCAGAGAGUCCAUCAAACGCUUGACAACAGACUUUUUCACUAGACCAAUGACCAUUGGCUUUGCUAUGAACACCUACCGCGUGGACCCAUACACUGGACCGAUCACUGUGCACGUGGUUGGGGCUUCCCAUAUAGAAACCUUAUGCAUUAAGGCCACGGACUAUGACGAGCUUGCCAAGAUGUUCCCAGGAAACCAAGGCCUAGAGGUCGUCAUGGUAGGACCAGAGGUAGUAGAUGGACCAGUUAUGAGACCGCCUUUGACCGCAUUUGGACCACGUGGGAAAGUGUACUUGAGUGGCUACAGAGGCCUGUAUCACGUCUUCUGGGAGACACUGGUGGAGAGCCACCGUGCAGCAAGGCCUGAUCUUGUGGUGGGCUUCCAUCCAGGUUUCCACGCCUCGCAGGGUCUCACCGAGGGCUGGCUCCCCACCCUGCUCCUCCUUCGUGAUUAUAACAUCCCCUCACUAUUCACCAUGUACAGCGAGCAGGAGCUGAAAUACUCGCUUCAGAUCCUGGCAGAGUUGGACACCCGGGUGUUGGGGUCCGGCCUGUCGCCCUUCUGUUCUCAGAAGCCGGAACAGGUGCAGUCAGACCCUAAUAAGACCCCCGUCAGCAGCAACGCUUUUUAUUUGCUCUUUAAGGGUUCCACGUGGGUGGAUGCUGACGCGGACAUGGGAGAGCUGGGGGCAGAGGAACAGCACUGAGGCCUCAGCUGUUGGCACGCGCCACGCGUUUCGCUGUACAGACCUGCAUUUGAUCACAACACCCCUGUUGCCCCUUCUCACUAUACAUUGUGCUUCUAUCUGCAUAUAGGUGUAAUAAGGACAAACCAAGCUACAUAUCUGUUUCACUCAUGGCAUCCAUUCCUCUACUACAGCUCUGGUUACCAAUAUGAUUCUUAUUCUCUACCCAGCGCGAUGUGCACAUUACCUGCUGCUCGGAGCCGGAUUAUCUGUUAGGCAAUCUAGAAUCCUACCUAGGGCUCUAGCGACACCAAGGAGCCCGGAUUAGGGUAAAACAUCAUUCUGUGGGGUCUAUUCAUGAAGCAGUGAUAAGAGUGGAGAAGUUUCCCAUGGCAACCAAUCAGCAUUGAAGUAACAUUUACAAUUUGCAUGCUAUAAAAUAAUACAGAGCAGCUGAUUGGUUGCCAUGGGCAACUUCUCCACUGGCUCACUUCUCCACACUUUUCACUGCUUCAUGAAUAGACCUCUGUUGUGCGUUUUCUUGGCAAACGAGAGAACAAGGAUCCCAAACCAGCAUCCUGCCUAGGUCCCAUAGAUUCAUCCUCUAUAACAGGGAUAGGGAACCUUUGGCCCUCCAGCUGUUGUUGAACUACACAUACCAGCAUGCCUUGCUACAUCUUUGUUAUUUGGCCAUGCUAAAACUGUUGCAGGGCAUGCUGGGAUGUGUAGUUCAACAACAGCUGUAGGGAAAUGGUUCCCUAUCCCUGCUCUAUACCAUCCGCUGCUUCUCAGUAUUCACCUUGUACAGACCUGGAACCAUGUAUGAUAAAGCCAGAAGGUUAGUUGUCAAGUUGUUGUCUGGCGCUAAUGACUUAAUUAUUACACUUCCGUCAUAUUGUAUUUUUGCGGUGUGCUGAACUAUACAGAUGGGAUAUAUGCAGGAAUUCUACUGUCUGUAAUCAUUUAUAGUUUCUUUUCUGAAGUAUCUAGUAUUACAUUUUACUAGGUUGUUAUUAUUACAUCUUAUUAUUAUUAUUAUUAUUAUUAUUAUUAUUAUUAUCACCCGCGGAUGGGUGCUGCAGUUGUGCUGGUGAUAUCAUCAUUAUACUAUAACACAAAUAAUGCAAAUAUGUGUAUAAAUUCGUGUAAGUAGUAUCCACAAACAGUGAGUUCUGAUGCCAUCGCUUGUAUUUGGUUUAGUUAUGUCAUCGCUUUUAAGCGUGAGUUCUGAUGCAAUCACUUAUAAUCGGUGGAUUCUGAUGUCAUCGUUUAUAAUCGGUGCAUUCUGAUGUCAUCACUUAUAAUCAGUGAGUGCUGAUGUCAUCACUUAUAAUCGGUGAGCUCUGGAGUCAUCAGUAUGGUGAUUAUUAGUAUAACGUGUAUUAUAAGGAAUAAUGAGCCCCCUUCUGCAUUUGAUCAUGUCUUUUAGCAGCCGCCUCUGAUUUAUCUGUCAGUUGUAUAAACGCAGGUAACCUACAACCUCAUGCCUUUCUAUGGUCACAUGGCUCCUUUGUGACAUAUAAUGUUCAUUUGGGUCAAUCCUAUUAGAUGCAAAGGGAGCAAGGAAAUGCCACUGCAGCUCGCCCCUUGUGACCCAAUCUCGCCCCGGACUUGGGGAUUUUUGGAUGCAGCUCUGCCGGCUAUGAUACGCACUGCUAAAUUUUGGGAAAGUAUGGUGACAAGAAAAGGAUGGCUAAAAUCAGCCCGUACUUUCCUUUAAAUAUAUAUAUUUAAAUGAAUAAAUAGCUCACAGUUUUCUGCCAAA